ACGCCGUCACCCAGGGACGCCGAGGAGAAGGCGGUAGGGGGGUGGGGGCGAGAUCAGGCUCCGACCCCCGGCCGAGGGGAUGAGGGGAGCAUGGGCGCCAAGGAGUCACGGAUCGGAUUUCUCAGCUACGAGGAGGCGCUGAGGAGAGUUACAGAUGUAGAGCUGAAACGACUGAAAGAUGCCUUCAAGAGAACCUGUGGACUCUCCUAUUACAUGGGCCAGCACUGCUUCAUCAGGGAAGUGCUUGGGGAUGGAGUACCUCCAAAAGUUGCUGAGAAAUAUAUCACCAGGCCCUUCUUCCCAAUUAGUCUGGAAGCUUCGCUGAAACCUGUCCACCACGGGCAACCGUUCUGUUAUUCGAAAUAUCUGUGGCAUAUCUUCCAGCAUCACUGCAACAUGCAAGCCACCACAGUACGACAAAGUGACAGACAAGUGGUGAUUUAUUGUUCUUUUGGUGGAACAGCCAAAGGGCUGCACUUCAAUAACUUAAUAGUUGGACUCGUCCUCCUUACAAGAGGCAGAGAUGAAGAGAAAGCAAAGUACAUUUUUAGUCUUUUUUCAAGUGAAUCUGGGAGCUAUGUUGUUCGAGAAGAAAUGGAAAGAAUGCUCCAUGUGGUGGAUGGUAAAGUCCCAGAAACACUUAGGAAGUGUUUCUCUGAGGGUGAAAAGGUUAACUAUGAAAAGUUUAGAAAUUGGCUUCUUCUAAACAAAGAUGCUUUUACCUUCUCUCGUUGGCUUCUGUCUGGAGGCGUGUAUGUUACCCUCACUGAUGAUAGCGACACUCCCACUUUCUACCAAACUCUGGCUGGAGUCACACACUUGGAGGAAUCAGACAUCAUUGAUCUGGAGAAACGCUACUGGUUGCUGAAGGCACAAUCCCGGACUGGACGAUUUGAUUUAGAGACAUUUGGCCCAUUGGUUUCACCACCUAUUCGUCCAUCUCUGAGUGAAGGUUUGUUUAAUGCUUUUGAUGAAAAUCGUGACAAUCACAUAGAUUUUAAGGAGAUAUCUUGUGGGUUAUCAGCCUGUUGCAGGGGACCCCUGGCUGAAAGACAAAAAUUUUGCUUCAAGGUGUUUGAUGUUGACCGUGAUGGAGUUCUCUCCAGGGUUGAACUGAGAGACAUGGUCGUUGCCCUUUUAGAGGUCUGGAAGGACAACCGCACUGAUGAUAUCCCUGAAUUACACACGGAUCUAUCUGACAUUGUAGAAGGCAUAUUGAAUACACAUGACACCACAAAGAUGGGCCACCUUACUCUGGAAGACUAUCAGAUCUGGAGUGUGAAAAAUGUUCUUGCCAAUGAAUUUUUGAAUCUCCUUUUCCAGGUGUGUCACAUAGUUCUAGGGUUAAGACCAGCUACUCCAGAAGAGGAAGGACAAAUUAUUAGAGGAUGGUUAGAACGAGAGAGCAGAUAUGGUCUGCAACCAGGACACAAUUGGUUCAUCAUCUCCAUGCAGUGGUGGCAACAGUGGAAAGAAUAUGUCAAAUAUGACACCAACCCUGUUGUUAUCGAGCCGUCAUCACUGCUGAGUGGAAGGAAAUACUCAUUUGGAACAACAGUCCAUGCUUUGGAGCAGAGUGAAGAUAGAGUCGGGGGUGGCAGCCUCACUUACCUGAACACCACAGAGGAGAAAUUUUCAGACAACAUUUCUACUGCAUCUGAAGCCUCAGAAUCUGCUGGCAGCAGCUUUCUGUAUUCUGCUACACCGGGGGCAGACAUAUGCUUUACUCGACAAAAUAACACUUCUGACAAUAACAACCAGUGUUUGCUAGGAUCUAAUGGGAAUAUUUUGCUGCACCUCAAUCCUCAGAAACCAGGGGCUAUUGAUAACCAGCCAUUAGUAACUCAAGAACCAGUAAAGGCUACGUCACUAACACUUGAAGGAGGACGAUUAAAACGAACUCCACAGCUAAUCCACGGAAGAGAUUAUGAAAUGGUCCCAGAACCUGUGUGGAGAGCACUUUAUCACUGGUACGGCGCAAACCUGGCCCUACCUAGACCUGUGAUCAAGAAUAGCAAGACAGACAUCCCAGAGCUGGAAUUAUUUCCUCGCUAUCUUCUUUUCCUGAGACAGCAGCCUGCCACUCGGACACAGCAGUCUAACAUCUGGGUGAAUAUGGGUAUGAUGAGCCUGAGAAUGUUUCCUCAGCAUUUACCGAGAGGGAAUGUACCCUCUCCGAAUGCUCCUUUAAAGCGGGUGUUAGCCUAUACAGGCUGUUUUAGUCGAAUGCAGACCAUCAAGGAAAUCCACGAAUAUCUAUCUCAGAGGCUGCGCAUCAAAGAGGAAGAUAUGCGCCUGUGGUUAUACAACAGUGAGAAUUACCUUACUCUUCUGGACGAUGAGGAUCAUAGAUUGGAAUACUUGAAAAUCCAGGAUGAACAGCAUUUGGUAAUUGAAGUUCGCAACAAAGAUAUGAGCUGGCCUGAGGAGAUGUCCUUUAUAGCAAACAGUAGUAAAAUAGACAGACACAAGGUUCCCACAGAAAAGGGAGCCACGGGUCUGAGUAACCUGGGAAAUACAUGCUUCAUGAACUCAAGCAUCCAAUGUGUUAGCAACACACAACCACUGACACGGUAUUUUAUCUCAGGGAGACAUCUUUAUGAACUCAACAGGACAAAUCCCAUUGGUAUGAAAGGGCAUAUGGCUAAAUGCUAUGGGGAUUUAGUCCAGGAACUUUGGAGUGGAACUCAGAAGAAUGUUGCACCAUUAAAGCUUCGGUGGACCAUAGCAAAAUAUGCUCCCAGGUUUAAUGGCUUCCAGCAGCAAGACUCCCAAGAACUUCUGGCUUUUCUCUUGGAUGGUCUUCAUGAAGAUCUUAACAGAGUCCAUGAGAAGCCGUAUGUGGAACUGAAGGACAGUGAUGGCCGACCAGACUGGGAAGUAGCUGCAGAGGCCUGGGACAACCAUCUGAGAAGGAAUAGAUCAAUUGUUGUGGAUUUGUUCCAUGGGCAGCUAAGAUCCCAAGUCAAAUGCAAGACAUGUGGGCAUAUAAGUGUGCGAUUUGACCCUUUCAAUUUUUUGUCUUUGCCACUACCAAUGGAUAGUUAUAUGCACUUAGAAAUUACAGUUAUUAAGCUAGAUGGUACUACCCCUGUACGAUAUGGACUAAGAUUGAAUAUGGAUGAAAAGUACACAGGUUUAAAAAAACAGCUGAGUGAUCUCUGUGGACUUAAAUCAGACCAAAUUCUUCUUGCAGAAGUGCAUAGUUCCAACAUAAAGAACUUCCCUCAGGACAACCAAAAAAUACGACUCUCAGUGAGUGGAUUCCUAUGUGCAUUUGAGAUUCCCAUCCCUGGAUCUCCCAUUUCAGCUUCUAGUCCAAUACAGACAGAUUUCUCCUCUUCCCCAUCUACAAAUGGAAUGUUCACCCUAACUACCAAUGGAGACUUGCCCCGACCAAUAUUCAUCCCCAAUGGAAUGCCAAACACUGUCGUGCCGUGUGGAACUGAGAAGAACUUCACAAAUGGAAUGGUGAAUGGUCAUAUGCCAUCUCUUCCUGACAACCCCUUUACAGGCUACAUCAUUGCAGUCCACCGAAAAAUGAUGAGGACAGAACUUUAUUUCCUGUCAUCUCAGAAGAAUCGCCCCAGCCUCUUUGGAAUGCCACUGAUAGUUCCGUGUACUGUGCAUACCCGGAAGAAAGACCUGUAUGAUGCGGUUUGGAUUCAAGUAUCUCGGUUAGCCAGCCCGCUCCCACCUCAGGAAGCUAGUAACCAUGCUCAGGAUUGUGAUGACAGUAUGGGCUAUCAAUAUCCAUUCACUCUACGAGUCGUGCAGAAAGAUGGGAACUCCUGUGCUUGGUGCCCAUGGUAUAGAUUUUGCAGAGGCUGUAAAAUUGAUUGUGGGGAUGACAGAGCUUUCAUUGGAAAUGCCUACAUUGCUGUGGAUUGGGACCCCACAGCCCUUCACCUCCGCUAUCAGACAUCACAAGAACGGGUCCUGGAUGAGCAUGAGAGUGUGGAGCAGAGUCGGCGAGCGCAAGCCGAGCCCAUCAACCUGGACAGCUGUCUCCGUGCUUUCACCAGCGAGGAGGAGCUGGGGGAAAACGAGAUGUACUACUGCUCGAAGUGUAAAACCCACUGCUUGGCAACCAAGAAACUGGAUCUCUGGAGGCUUCCCCCUAUCCUGAUUAUUCACCUUAAACGAUUUCAGUUUGUGAAUGGCCGGUGGAUAAAGUCCCAGAAAAUUGUUAAAUUUCCUCGUGAAAGUUUUGACCCUAGUGCUUUUUUGGUACCGAGGGACCCAGCUCUCUGCCACCGGAAAGCACUCACACCCCAGGGGGACAACCUCUGUGAGCCACGGCUUCCAACAGAAGAAGUGAAGAAAGCCGAUGCCCAGAACUCGGCUGGGGAAGAGGAUGUGCUCCUGACCAAGAGCCCGUCUUCGCUCAGCGCAAACAUCAUCAGUAGCCCGAAAGGUUCACCUUCUUCAUCAAGAAAAAGUGGAACCAGCUGCCCCUCCAGCAAAAACAGCAGCCCUAACAGCAGCCCACGGACUUUGGGGAGGAGCAAAGGGAGGCUCCGGCUGCCCCAGAUUGGCAGCAAAAACAAACUAUCAAGUAGUAAGGAGAACUUGGAUGCCAGCAAAGAAAAUGGGGCUGGACAAGUUUGUGAGCUGACUGAUGCCUUGAGCCGAGGGCACAUGCUGGGGGGCAGUCAGCCCGAGCUGGUCACCCCUCAGGACCAUGAGGUAACAUUGGCCAAUGGAUUCCUUUAUGAGCAUGAGGCAUGUGGCAACGGCUACAGCAAUGGUCAGCCUGAAAACCACAGUGAGGAAGACAGCACCGAUGACCAAAGAGAAGAUAUUCGUGUUAAGCCUAUUUAUAAUCUAUAUGCAAUUUCGUGCCAUUCAGGAAUUCUGGGUGGGGGCCAUUAUGUCACUUAUGCCAAAAACCCAAAUAGCAAGUGGUACUGUUACAAUGACAGCAGCUGUAAGGAACUUCACCCCGAUGAAAUUGACACCGACUCUGCCUACAUUCUUUUCUAUGAGCAGCAGAGGAUAGACUAUGCACAAUUUCUUCCAAAGAUUGAUGGCAAAAAGAUGGCAGACACGAGCAGCAUGGACGAAGACUUCGAGUCCGAUUACAAAAAGUACUGUGUGUUGCAGUAAAGCUACCACUCUGGCUGCUAGACAGGCUGGUGGUGAGGGAGAUGACUCCCUGUAGCUGACAUUUGGCAAAAGCGUCACUGAAAGGCAAGCUAAAGGUAAUUAUUUUAUCCUGUGACCCUGAAGCACAAAAUAAAAAUCCUAGUUAAAAUAGCAGUUAACAUAACAAUAAUAGUAACUUUGUUUUGAAGUGUCUCACACAAGCUGUCUGGUAGAGAACUUUCAGGCAGAGCCCACCAUUAGCCUGUAAACAAAAAGGUUUGGCACCAGCCACCUGGGACCAAAUAAGAGCUAAAUUGUGCUUGUCCAGAUACAAACAAACAUGUAGUGAGUAUAGAGUUUACCAAUAAUCAUAACAGAAUACUAAGGAUUUCCUUGGAGUCAAAGUAAAAAACAAACCAUUGUAGUGUUGUCUGGGGACGACAUGAUAUGCUACCUCCUUCUUCCUGAAGUUUUAUUCCACUUUAUUGACAAGACAAGGAAAGCAAGAUCAUGAAGAUGUGCAAAUGAUUCUUAGGACGUGGACACAGAUUUUUAGGCUUAUUUUUCAGACCAUUUUCCCGCUGUUUCUAUGUCUGUCUUGCUUUUUGUUUUUGUUGUUGUGUUUGAGACACAGCCAAGUCAUUGGUGGCAGAGGCACACAGUGGUCAGUGUGAACGGGAGGAAUCUCUUUAAGAGCUGUGUGCUCGCUACUUGGGGCCUUGGCAGAGAGACCCUGUAGAAAGGAAAAGUCUCCUGGGAGAUCCUUUCAAGUAGAGAAAUCUUACUUUUAGGACACUUAAAGUGUACUCAAAUGUAACCCCAGCUGUCAAGUGUGGCAGUGUUUGUUACAUGUUCCCACGCACGUGUUGCACAAAGAGCUUCUGGGCAGAAAAGCUGCGUCAGAGCUAGAUGGUGUUUCACUAUUAGUGGUUUUUUGUUUUGCACUUUAAAAAAGAAGAGAAUACAUGCAAAUGAGCUUUUAAAAACUUGUUCUUCUUUGAUGGCUGUAAGGGCUAUAAAUUAACUUAAUUGAGGUAUUUCCCAUCAUACUAAAUUCAAAAACAAAACACACCCCAAACAUUGAUAGUUCCUAUGGAUUUUUAGUGAAAUUGGUGGUUUCAGGAAAUAAAGUUUCGUUUUGUUUACAUGUCCUUUUUUGUUAAUUUCACAGCAGUGGGCAUCAAAAUUUGUUUCUUUGCUUACUUCAUAUUUUCCUUUGAUUAUUCAAGACUGGAACAAAGAUAUAAACGUUAUUUAUUUCAGGCUUUUUUCUUUUUAAUUUUCCUGAUUUUUUUUUUAAACUUAUGUUUGAAGUAAAUAGUUUUGUUUUUUGGUCUUUUUUUAUUCAGUUGGACCCUGGAAGUUGAUUCUUCUUAAUUGCUAGAUUCCAUUAGCCUUCCUUCUUCGUAGGUAGUAGGUACCAAUGUAUUUAAGCAUUUGUGUUUUGAUAUCUGAGGUCGGUUACUAUCCAGUUCUUCUCAGAGCGUUGGGAAAGGUUGUCUUAAAUGGCUACCUAAGUUGAAACCCUUUUCAGAGGAAGACUAUUAUUGCAAGUAGGAAGGAGUGGCCUAAAUGGUAUAAUGUGAUGAAGUCAGAGGAAAUGCAGACUUUACCAUUUCAGGAUUUUUAGUGUACAAAAUCUGUCCAUUCCUACCGAGACAAGUCCCAUGAAAAAGUGGAAGAUUUUAAAUAAUUUCCUUACAUAUGUUUUAUUUAAGCAGGUAGCACAAUCUACUAAUGUUGUUUCAUCUGUGUUUGUUAUAUUGGUUGUAAUUAAUUUUUUUUUAAUUCAUGAAUUAGCAGAAAUUUUAUUAACUUAACUAUUAACUACAUUCGCCUUGUAAAUUACUGUAUAAAACUUGUUGACAAUGCACUGACUUUAGAAAGACGUUAAUGUACAUAAAUAGAGUGUAAAUAAAAUAGUGUUGGUGUACGGAAAUAUGAACUGUAUAAAAAAGUAUUGGUAAUUGUAUAUGGAGUGUACCGUUUAUCUGUAACUAUUAUCCAAACAAAUUAAAUACUGUGGAUGCACCCAUGUGCUCUGUUUUCUCUCUGCUCAAGUAAACACAAAAUGUCAGAUUCUU